AUGGAAGAACUCCUCUCUCUGCUGGACCAAGAGCUGCCCAUUAGCAAUGGGAGGACAGGAUCUGACUUUGAAUUUUCUGUCCUGGGCUUAGAGACUGCCACUGCUGGCAGUCUCUGCCACUGCGGGGGAGUGGGCAGCUGCAUCCUGGUGGAGGAGGUGGCUGCUNAGGAAGAUACCGCCUUCAACUCCUACGUGGAGGUGCCCAUUGGCUGUGAGCGCAGUGGGGUGGAAUACCGCUUGCUGCAGGCUGCCUACCUGUCCAAAGCCGGCGCUGUGCUUGCCCGGACCCUCGGGGUUCGUCCUGAGGACGACCUCCUCUUCACAGUCUUCUCCAAGGGCCAGAAGCGGAAAAUGAAAUCCCUGGAUGAGUCGGCCUUGUGCAUCUUCAUCUUGAAGCAGAUCAAUGACCGCAUUAAGGAGCGGCUGCAGUCCUGCUACCGGGGCGAGGGCACCUUGGACUUGGCCUGGCUCAAGGUGAAGGACAUCCCCUGCAGCAGUGCGCUGUUAACCAUUGAUGAUAACUUCUGUGGCCUGGAUAUGAACGCCCCCCUGGGCGUGUCUGAGAUGGUACGUGGCAUCCCCGUCUUCACAGAGGACAGGGACCGCAUGACCUCUGUCAUCGCAUAUGUCUACAAGAAUCACUCCCUAGCCUUCGUGGGCACCAAAAGUGGCAAACUGAAGAAGAUCCGGGUGGAUGGGCCCAGAGGCAAUGCCCGCCAAUACGAGACUGUGCAGGUGGUAGACCCCGGCCCGGUCCUCCGAGAUAUGGCCUUCUCCAAGGACCACGAGCAACUCUACAUCAUGUCAGAAAGGGAGCUCACCAGAGUCCCUGUGGAGUCAUGUGGUCAGUAUCGGAAUUGCAGCGACUGCCUUGGCUCCGGCGAUCCCCACUGUGGCUGGUGUGUGCUCCACAACACGUGUACCCGGAAGGAGCGCUGUGAGCGGUCCAAAGAGCCCCGCAGGUUUGCCUCCGAGAUGAAGCAGUGCGUCCGGCUGACCGUCCAUCCCAGCAACAUCUCUGUUUCUCAGUACAAUGUCCUGCUGGUCCUGGAGACAUACAAUGUCCCAGAGCUGUCAGCGGGCGUCAACUGCACCUUUGAGGACCUGUCAGAGAUGGAUGGGCUGGUGGUAGGCAAUCAGAUCCAGUGCUACUCCCCAGCGGCCAAGGAGGUGCCCCGGAUAAUCACAGAGAAUGGAGACCACCAUGUCGUCCAGCUGCAGCUCAAGUCAAAGGAGACGGGCAUGACCUUUGCCAGCACCAGAUUCGUCUUCUACAACUGCAGCGUCCACAAUUCAUGCCUGUCUUGCGUGGAGAGCCCGUUCCGCUGCCACUGGUGUAAAUACCGCCAUGUCUGCACCCAUGACCCCAAGACUUGCUCCUUCCAGGAAGGCCGAGUGAAGCUCCCUGAGGACUGCCCCCAGCUGCUGCGAGUGGACAAGAUCCUGGUGCCAGUGGAGGUGAUCAAGCCCAUCACGCUGAAGGCCAAGAACCUGCCCCAGCCGCAGUCUGGGCAGCGUGGGUACGAAUGUAUUCUAAGCAUCCAAGGCAGCGAGCAGCGGGUGCCGGCCCUGCGCUUCAACAGCUCCAGCGUGCAGUGCCAGAACACCUCCUAUUCCUACGAAGGGAUGGAGAUCAACAACUUGCCCGUGGAGCUGACAGUGGUGUGGAACGGCCAUUUCAACAUUGACAACCCAGCUCAGAAUAAAGUUCACCUCUACAAGUGCGGAGCCAUGCGCGAGAGCUGCGGCCUGUGCCUCAAGGCGGACCCAGACUUCGAGUGUGGCUGGUGUCAGAACCAGGGCCAGUGCACCCUGCGGCAGCACUGCCCCGUCCACGAGAGCCAGUGGCUGGAGCUGGCGGGUGCAAACAGCAAGUGCACCAACCCCCGCAUCACAGAGAUAAUCCCCGUGACAGGCCCCCGCGAAGGGGGCACCAAGGUCACCAUCCGAGGCGAGAACCUGGGCCUCGAGUUCCGGGACAUCGCCUCCCACGUCAAGGUGGCCGGCGUGGAGUGCAGCCCGUUGGUGGAUGGCUACAUCCCUGCGGAACAGAUCGUGUGUGAGAUGGGGGAGGCCAAGCCCAGUCAGCACGCCGGCUUCGUGGAGAUCUGUGUGGCCGUGUGUCGGCCCGAGUUCAUGGCCCGGUCCUCACAGCUCUAUUACUUCAUGACGCUGACGCUCUCAGACCUGAAGCCCAGCCGAGGGCCCAUGUCCGGAGGCACCCAGGUGACCAUCACGGGCACCAACCUGAACGCGGGCAGCAAUGUGGUGGUGACGUUCGGCAAGCAGCCCUGCCUCUUCCACAGAUGCCCCAUGCCACCUACUCCAGACUGGAGCAUUGUCAGUGGAAACACGCCCAUCGCCGUGUGGGGGACUCACCUGGACCUCAUACAGAACCCCCAGAUCCGCGCCAAGCACGGAGGAAAGGAGCACAUCAAUCUCUGUGAGGUUCUGAACGCUACUGAAAUGACCUGCCAGGCUCCAGCCCUCGCGCUGGGGCCCGACCACCAGUCCGACCUGACGGAGAGGCCCGAGGAGUUCGGCUUCAUCCUAGACAAUGUCCAGUCCCUGCUCAUCCUCAACAAGACCAACUUCACCUACUAUCCCAACCCCGUGUUUGAGGCUUUCGGUCCCUCGGGAAUCCUGGAGCUCAAGCCCGGCACGCCCAUCAUCCUAAAGGGCAAGAACCUGAUCCCACCUGUGGCUGGGGGCAACGUGAAGCUGAAUUACACCGUGCUGGUCGGGGAGAAGCCGUGCACCGUGACCGUGUCGGAUGUGCAGCUGCUCUGCGAGUCCCCCAACCUCAUCGGGAGGCACAAAGUGAUGGCCCGUGUCGGUGGCAUGGAGUUCUCCCCGGGGAUGGUGUACAUCGCCCCGGACAGCCCACUCAGCUUGCCUGCCAUCGUCAGCAUCGCCGUGGCAGGCGGCCUGCUCAUCGUCUUCAUCGUGGCCGUGCUCAUCGCCUACAAACGCAAGUCCCGCGAAAGCGACCUGACGCUGAAGCGGCUGCAGAUGCAAAUGGACAACCUGGAGUCCCGCGUGGCCCUGGAGUGCAAGGAAGCCUUUGCCGAGCUGCAGACGGACAUCCACGAGCUGACCAGUGACCUGGACGGAGCCGGGAUUCCCUUCCUGGACUACAGAACCUAUACCAUGCGGGUGCUGUUUCCAGGGAUUGAGGACCACCCUGUCCUCCGGGACCUCGAGGUUCCGGGCUACCGGCAGGAGCGCGUGGAGAAAGGCCUGAAGCUCUUUGCCCAGCUCAUCAACAACAAGGUGUUCCUGCUCUCUUUCAUCCGCACGCUCGAGUCCCAGCGCAGCUUCUCCAUGCGUGACCGCGGCAACGUGGCGUCGCUCAUCAUGACGGUGCUGCAGAGCAAGCUGGAAUACGCCACCGACGUGCUGAAGCAGCUGCUGGCCGACCUCAUCGACAAGAACCUGGAGAGCAAGAACCACCCCAAGUUGCUGCUCAGGAGGACUGAGUCGGUGGCCGAGAAGAUGUUGACCAACUGGUUCACCUUCCUGCUCUAUAAGUUCCUCAAGGAGUGUGCCGGGGAGCCCCUCUUCUCGUUGUUCUGUGCCAUCAAGCAGCAGAUGGAGAAGGGGCCCAUCGAUGCCAUCACGGGUGAGGCCCGCUACUCCCUGAGCGAGGACAAACUCAUCCGCCAGCAGAUCGACUACAAAACCCUGGUCCUGAGCUGUGUCAACCCUGACAAUGUCAACAGCCCCGAGGUGCCAGUGAAGAGCCUCAACUGUGACACCAUUACUCAGGUCAAAGAGAAGAUUCUAGACGCCAUCUUUAAGAAUGUACCCUGCUCCCACCGGCCCAAGGCUGCAGAUAUGGACCUGGAGUGGCGACAAGGAAGCGGGGCGAGGACGAUACUGCAGGAUGAAGACAUCACCACCAAGAUUGAGAAUGACUGGAAGAGGCUGAACACCCUGGCCCAUUACCAGGUGCCAGAUGGUUCUGUGGUGGCUUUAGUGUCCAAGCAGGUAACAGCCUACAAUGCAGUGAACAACUCCACGGUCUCCAGAACCUCGGCAAGUAAAUAUGAAAACAUGAUCCGCUACACGGGCAGUCCCGACAGCCUCCGCUCUCGCACGCCCAUGAUCACACCCGACCUGGAGAGUGGAGUGAAGAUGUGGCACCUGGUGAAGAACCACGAGCACGGCGACCAGAAGGAGGGGGACCGGGGGAGCAAGAUGGUGUCUGAAAUCUAUCUGACACGACUCCUGGCCACGAAGGGCACGCUGCAGAAGUUCGUGGACGACCUGUUCGAGACCAUCUUCAGCACAGCACACCGCGGCUCUGCCCUGCCUCUGGCCAUCAAGUACAUGUUUGAUUUCCUGGAUGAGCAGGCUGAUAAGCACGGUAUCCACGACCCGCAUGUCCGCCACACCUGGAAGAGCAACUGCCUGCCACUGAGGUUUUGGGUCAACAUGAUCAAGAACCCCCAGUUCGUGUUUGACAUCCAUAAGAACAGCAUCACGGACGCCUGCCUCUCCGUGGUGGCCCAGACCUUCAUGGACUCCUGCUCCACGUCGGAGCACCGGCUGGGCAAGGACUCCCCGUCCAACAAGCUGCUCUAUGCCAAGGACAUUCCCAGCUACAAGAACUGGGUGGAACGGUAUUACUCAGACAUCGGGAAGAUGCCGGCCAUCAGUGACCAGGACAUGAAUGCAUACCUGGCCGAGCAGUCCCGGAUGCACAUGAAUGAGUUCAACACCAUGAGUGCGCUCUCAGAGAUCUUCUCCUACGUGGGCAAGUACGCUGAGGAGCCUCAACACCAAGAGAAGGUAUAG